AAAACAUAAUUUGUGUAUGUUUUUAAAUGCACCAAUGUUUUGAAUACAGGUAACUAAGCUCAUCACAGGCAUUCAUGGUCAUACAGUGUUGCUCAGAAGAAAAAAGGAAGAAGAGCACCUUGCAAAUUGCGGUAGCACGAGCAGGCCGCUUCUCCUCUCCCUGCUGUUGCCCGUAAGGUCUAAACCGUUUCCAAUUCAUUGUGCGUGUUGACCCCGGUGGUACGAGGAAGGAGUUCGUUUGACGUGGAAGUGAGCACCAUAACCUAACUCGAGGAGUGAAAGCACGUGUACGCCAAGUGAACGAUAAAUAUGGCUCCUAAUGCUGCAGCUCAAGUGAAACCGGUGGCGGAAUCUGGAUCGGAUACCGGUAUCAAUGCCAUUUUACUUGGUCCACCGGGUUCUGGUAAGGGAACACAGGCACCGCUAUUGAAGGAAAAAUAUUGCGUAUGCCACCUGUCUACGGGCGAUAUGCUGCGUGCGGAAAUAGCGGCCGGUUCAAAACUCGGAGCCCAGCUAAAGAAGGUUAUGGAUGAAGGCAAGCUGGUUUCCGACGAGCUAGUAGUCGAUAUGAUCGAUUCCAACCUAGAUAAACCGGAGUGCCGCAAUGGUUUCUUGCUGGAUGGUUUCCCACGGACGGUGGUACAGGCGGAAAAGCUUGAUAGCCUGCUCGAAAAGCGCAAAACGGGCCUGGAUGCAGUAAUCGAGUUCGGAAUCGAUGACAGCUUGCUGGUUCGCCGUAUUACUGGUCGGUUGAUUCAUCAGGCUAGCGGGCGAUCGUAUCAUGAAGAAUUUGCGCCCCCACGAGUUGCAAUGCAGGACGAUGUUACGGGCGAACCGUUGAUGCGCCGCAGUGAUGACAAUGCAGAUGCCCUGGUGAAACGUCUCGAGUCCUACCACCGGCAAACGAAGCCUUUGGCAGAUUAUUACGCCCUGCGCGGUCUACACUUUCGCGUCGAUGCGGCCAAAAGUGCGUCCCAUGUGUUUGCCAACAUAGAUGAUAUAUUCACCAAGCAGCGUGCGCAUCGUUUGGGCCUGUAAAUAACUUUCCGGUGAAAACAGAUCUCCCAAACGCACGGGGGAUAUGCAACCAACCAACUACCUGACGCUUCACAUUAGAACAUGUUUUUUAUUUCGAAGAAACACUGUCGCAGAAGUAGUUUGCAUUUAAAAAAACCCACAAUAACCCGAUAUAUCCCUCCUACUAUAUCCAUGGCGUGCGUGAACCACCUAGAAGAUCAAUUUAAGCACGAAAAGCAAUAGGUUGCGAAUUACAGUGAAAAUUGUGUCAAAU